AUGAAUCUAGUAAGGUUGAAUCCUACAAUUAUUGGACCAGAGCAACGAUCGUUUCUAAUCCGAAAUCUAGACGCAUGGACCAACUACACCAUUUAUCUAGCUGCUGAAAAUUGUCGGGGCGAGGGGAUUCGCUCCCAACCUAUUCACAUCUUUGCUGAACCCCCAAACAAUGUCGCAAAGCUGUUCUCUUCCUCCACCCAUUCUGGUACUAUUCAGCAGUUGGUACAUCGGCAGAUAAUUUAUGAUGGUCGUGAGGCGAUGACUGAAGCUCCUUUGCUUCCUUACUUUGAUGCAGCUAACGUGAUGAUGCGCGCUUCUGAAUCACCCGAGGAAGAAAGCCUGACUCGUGAACCGUGGUUUAUUAUUGCGGUGAUCGCCUUCGUUCUUUUGUGGAUCUUGAUUGUGCUUGGUUUGGUCUUAUGCGGUCGCUAUCGGAGCCGAAGUCAACGACGUCGACUGGAUAUUGGAGACACAGAUGUGACUACCAAGAACGGACGACUGGUAUCAGCAACGGAUCUUUAUCCCAUUCACUCUUGGCCGCCAUCAACUCUCCCACAAGAGGCUCAUCCGCUGGUUUCGAAUUUCGAUUCUAACGUAUACUCUGACAAAUCUAUGAUUGGAAAUGGCUAUCCAUCUCUAAUGGUUCAAUCCAAUGGGUUGCUUCCUCCCAUUACGUUCGGUCCGCAGUCGAUAGGUGGUAAUGGAGGCACACAAGCAACAGUCGUCACGGGAUAUCCCUACAAUCCGCAACAUUCCAUUGGGCCGCAGGGUACCGCUUACGUCACUUCGGGGAAUAUUUCUGUUAAUGGUCCCCACGGUGGCUUGUCGUCUCUUGCUAUUCUUCCUGCGCAUACUAACCGAGAUUUACUCACACCUGCACUUAUUCGUAUACUCUACAUCAAAUUGUUGCUUUUACUUGAAAAUUUUUUGAAUUCGCUCAUUCACAUGUUGACUAUUAUUUUUUAG